GGACCGUGGACGGAGGAGGAGGAGGGAUCGCGAUGCGGCACAUGACUGGAUCUCCGUCUUGCCCUCAUGGGAGAUGUGUGGGAGGUAUGUACUAUAUUGUUAGAAGAAACUGCGGUUCUCCGUUCGCAGCGCGCAUGCGUAUGCAUGUCUACUACGCGAGUCUUGCAAGCAGAGCCCUGCCGCCCGUGCCGAUGCAAAGUACGCGAAGGCCCGCAUCCGUACGACUGCAUGAACCUUGGGUGCGGCCUAGUUCUGCGAUAGGAACGGAGAGACCGGCUGAGCGAAGUCUUGGUUUCGAGCCGAGUCACUGCCGUAGUACUACUGAUAGUAACUACUCUCCUCCUCCGCUCAAUGCGCGAGACCAGUCUGAGCACCAUGACAACACCGUUCGAAUGACUUCUCGUUGUCGGAUAGUCCGGGCACCGGGUAGAUCCUCACAAUGCGCAGCAGCUAGAGAACGCCACUCAGAAUAUUCGUAAAUCAUUACGGUUGCAACAAUGCAAGUACGUGUCGCAAUGCUACU